AUGGUGCUCGAGGCAACGAUGAUCUGUAUUGACAACUCUGAAUGGAUGCGUAACGGCGAUUACUCUCCUUCUCGAUUUCAAGCCCAAUCCGACGCUGUAAGUCUCAUUUGCGGUGCUAAAACUCAGUCUAAUCCUGAAAAUACUGUUGGAGUUCUCACUAUGGCGGGGAAAGGCGUUCGGGUUUUGGCUACUCCUACCAGUGAUUUGGGCAAAAUCUUAGCUUGUAUGCAUGGUCUAGAAAUAGGCGGUGGGAUGAACCUAGCUGCUGGAAUUCAGGUGGCACAGUUGGCUCUUAAGCAUCGACAGAAUAAGAAGCAGCAGCAAAGAAUUAUCGUCUUUUCUGGAAGUCCUGUCAAGCACGAGAAGAAAAUGUUGGAGAUGAUUGGGAGAAAGUUGAAAAAGAAUAGUGUAGCACUUGACAUUGUCAACUUUGGGGAAGAUGACGAGGGGAAGACGGAGAAGCUUGAAGCACUCCUUGCAGCAGUAAACAAUAAUGAUAGUAGCCACAUGGUUCAUGUUCCACCCGGUCCAAAUGCUCUUUCAGAUGUACUUAUAAGUACACCUAUUUUUACUGGUGAUGGAGAAGGUGGAAGUGGUUUUGCAGCUGCUGCAGCAGCAGCUUCUGCAGGUGGUGCAUCUGGAUAUGAUUUUGGUGUUGAUCCAAACUUGGACCCUGAAUUGGCUCUUGCUCUAAGAGUUUCAAUGGAAGAGGAGAGAGCUAGGCAGGAAGCAGCUGCGAAAAAGGCUGCAGAGGAUGCUUCCAAACAGGAGAAAGGUGGCGAACAGCAAGCUACUUCCCAGGAUGCAACUAUGACUGAGCAAACCAGUACUGCAGCUUCUGAAGUUGAGACUAAGACAACUGACAUGAUGGUUAGUGACGAUGAGAAUGCUCUACUACAACAGGCCCUUGCAAUGUCGAUGGAUGAUCCUGCAGUUAGCCAUGAUGUAAGAGAUGCAGAUAUGUCUGAAGCUGCUACAGAGGACCCUGAGUUGGCUCGAGCUUUCCAAUUGUCAGUAUCAGACCCCCCCAAUGACACAGUGGGUAGAUUGUUGGCGGACCAGUCCUUUGUAUCUUCUAUCCUUGCAUCGCUUCCUGGGGUUGACCCAAAUGAUCCCUCUGUCAAAGAUUUGCUGGCUUCUAUGCAAAAUCAGUCUGAGUCUCAGAAGAAGAAUGACGAGGGACCAAAUGAGGAGGAGAAGAAGUAA